GCAUUUGAAAAGCAAAUCAAAUUCAUUUUUUCAUGGCUUCUACCACUAGCAGCUACACCUCACUCUGUUCUUUGCUCAAGCUCAAUCAAACCAAGCAAAACCCAUCUUCCUGUUCUUUGCUUAAGGUCAAGAAUCAUCUGCCAGUUUUUAGGAGUUUCUGCAGUAGCCAUUUGGGAAAAGCUUCAAUCUUGGUGGUUAAAGCUCAGGCUGCAAAAGCAGAGGGGGGAAAAGAAGAGGAGGAAGAGAAGUACGAAGAGUAUGAAGUAGAGAUUGUGCAGCCUUACGGGCUGAAAUUUACCAAAGGCAGAGAUGGGGGUACUUACAUUGACGCCAUUGCCCCUGGAGGUUUUGCUGACAAGACUGGCAUGUUCUCUGUCGGAGAUAAAGUCCUUGCCACCAGUGCAGUGUUUGGAGAAGAAAUAUGGCCCGCUGCUGAAUAUGGAAGAACAAUGUACACUAUCAGACAGAGAAUUGGACCUUUGCUCAUGAAGAUGCAAAAGAGAUAUGGGAAGGUGGAAGAAGCAGGUGAAUUGACAGAAAAGGAAAUUAUCAGAGCAGAAAGGAAUGCUGGUUUCAUUAGUGAUAGAGUUAGGGAGAUUCAAUUGACAAAUGCUCGGAGGAAGAAAGAGCAAAAGGAGCAAAGAGAAAAGGAUCUUCGUGAAGGACUGCAACUCUCUAAGAAUGGCAAAUAUGAAGAAGCACUAGAAAAAUUUGAGUCUGUGUUAGGAUCAAGACCAACUGGAAAUGAAGCUGCUGUGGCAAGUUACAAUGUUGCCUGUUGUUAUUCCAAGCUUAAUCAGCUUCAAGCAGGGUUAUCUGCCUUGGAGGAUGCAAUGGAUGCAGGAUUUGAAGAUUUUAAGAGAAUCAGGACAGACCCUGAUCUUGCCAAUCUAAGGACGUCUGCGGAUUUUGAGUCUCUCAUGAAGAAGUUCGAUGAAUCUUUCAUUAACGAGAAUGCCAUCAAUGCGAUUAAGUCCCUGUUUGGCUUCAACAAGAAAUAGAGGCAGCAGCAUGUCUGUAAACUGAAACUGAAUUGCCAAUAGCCCAACAUUCGGAUUUCGGGUAGCUUACUUUGAGAUCCAUGCACAUAUAAGGCAAAAGGUAUGGAUCUGCAACAAACUAUGCUCCCGUUUUGGAUUUUGUUUAUAAGGUGAGUUAGAGAUAUCAAAUUACUAUCUGAUUAUUUAUUGUUUAUCUCAAUUGUAUUACACUAUGGUCAAUCCCUUGUAAUUAUAAGAUUCGCAUUCUGAAUAUGAAAAGAUUCAAUUUGAAACCUACA